AUGGACCUCUCAAAGACGAUGCCCAACUCAGUAGAGGACAACUCGGUCGAGCCGAGAGCCAGCUCCAGCUCCACCUCCACUGAUGACAAUGAAGACGACAUUUUCAAGACGAGCGCCUGGUCCAGCUCCACCUCCAAUGAUGACAAUGGCGACAACAUUUUCGAGCCGAGCGCCUGCUCCAGCUCCACUCUUGUGGAUUACGUCCCGAACCUCUCACCUGUGGAGCCCCUCAGUCACCAGCUAGUCGAGGACGACCUGCACGUGGGAAACCUCCCAGCGACCGUGGAAGACCUUCCACAGAUGGUGUACCUCUGGACGGAGGCCGAGCCAGACGCAGACUCGCUAAACAAGAUUCGUCACGAUCACGUCUGUCAUCUGUGUGACAUGGUUUUUAAUACCAAAAAUCUAUACAAGGAACACAACAGAUCGGAAGAACAUCUCGAUCUGGACGAAAAGAUGAGGGCCAAAUUUGGCCUUCAAAAUUCGGCCGCCGUCUUCUUCAAGCAGAGCCAGCUGAUUCGAGCGCAGGGUUGCCUUUCGGGGGCCAAGUGCAAUCGGUCAAUCGAUAAGACUGCAAGUAUCGAUGAAAGCGCGCCAUUAAUCGAUAUAAGGCGACAAUUCAAAAUUUAAAACUGAAUUAGAUUUUACUUGGUAGUUAGAGAUGCAGAGAAUAUCGCUUUUCCAAUGCCUUAGCAGGCAAACACCGAUGUAACAUCGAAAUCAUUGAUGUUUCUGCACCUCUAUUGGUAGAGCAACUCUACAAAUAAAAUAUCAAUAUUACUUUGAUUACGAGAUUAAAAAAAGUACAUUUAAAACUUAAUACCAACAACAAUUUAGGGCAACAUUUGUCUAUCCUUUCCAUUGGUAAAAAUUUUCUAUAAUUUUGUCACCCACUAGCAUCUUUUAUAAACCAAGAAAAAAUUCAUUUUGUUUAAAAAUUGAAGUAAUAUAGGAAAACAUUCUGACUACAAGGUGUUUAGGC